AUGCGAACGGAGCGUUUAUAUGGUAUUCCCCUUAUUCCGAAAAAUUCUGCGCAGUUUGAAAUUGAACUUUGUGGUCCUUUGCAGUGCAAUGGGGUAUUUUGUAUAGGCCUACGUUCUUUAAUCCUUGAGGCGCACAAUCGCAGGAGGGCGAAGUACGGAAACCAACCUCUGGUCCUGGACGAAAAACUCUCUGAAGAAUGUAAAAAAUAUGCACAGGCAAUUGCGGAUGGAGAAGGAUGUACAGAUGUCGAUUCGGAGGACGAAAUGCAUUCGGAUGAACUGCAUGGACUGGGCCCAAUUGAUGGCAACUAUACGCAAAACAUCUGCGUUUUCCAUGAUGCUAAACCCAGGGCCUGCGUUCGAGAUUGGUUCCAUUAUCGCGGCUAUCGUAAUAAUAGAAAAUAUUACCAAUUUACGGCCAUGAUUUGGAACGCCUCCACUAAACUGGGCGUUGGUCUGGCGAGAAUAAAGGAUACGCGUUACUUGGUGGUGAGGUAUGCUCCACCUGGAAACAUCCUUAAGGAUAUGCAGUUUAACGUACCAAAACGACUCACUCAUUUUUGGGAUAAAUACGAUGAGGCUAUAAACGUUGACUAUGAUGAUAAUGGAAAACCCUCUACCACUACUGAUCUUAACUCUGGAUCGGAAUUAUAUGCCAACUGGCUUUUGUUUAUAACUUACAUUUUAGUACAUUUGUUUUCAUCCUUAUGGAUUUUAUGGAUUACUUAA